AUGCGCUCUCUAUCAUGGCUCUUGGCGGCGCUGGCGGCGUCCGCGGGCGUCAUGGGUAAAAUGAAGUACUUGGGCGUUGCCAUGGCUGGUGUCGACUUUGGUUGCGACAUUGAUGGCUCUUGUCCCGCGGACCAUGUCCAAGUGCCCUUGGCAACAUUGGGUGGUGCCGACUCAGCUGGUCAGAUGAAGCACUUUGUUGACGACGAUGGCAUGAACACAUUCCGACUAUCCAUGACAUGGCAGUACAUAACAGCAGGACAAGCAUCGGGUGGACUUGACAAGAUCAACUUUGGAAACUUCGACAAACUAGUACAAGCCUGUCUUGACACUGGCGCAUACUGCAUGCUGGACCUUCACAACUUCGCGAGAUAUGAUGGCGGGAUAGUCGGACAAGGGGGACCUACGGACGACGUUUUCGCCGGUCUUUGGAAGCAGCUCGCAACUUACUAUGCCAAAAACGACAAAAUCAUUUUUGGCCUUAUGAACGAACCUCAUGAUUUGGAUAUCAAGCUAUGGGCAAAGAGUUGCCAGGCCGCUGUAACAGCCAUCCGAAAGGCCGGCGCCACGUCACAGAUCAUCCUCCUUCCUGGAACCAACUUUGCCAGCGCCGAGACGUUUGUAUCGACCGGUAGUGCGGAAGCCUUAGCUGCGAUUACGAACCCAGAUGGCUCGACCGACAACUUGUUACUUGAUCUACACAAAUACCUGGACAUUAACAACUCGGGCACCCACGCCGAGUGUACCACCAACAACGUGGCGGGCUUUAAAACCAUUGCUGAGUGGUUGAGAAAGAACAAACGCCUGGGCAUGGUGUCGGAAUCCGGCGCUUCAAUGGAUCAAUCUUGCAUGACUAAAUUCUGUGAACAAAACGAGUUUAUCUCUAAGAAUGACGAUGUUCUUGUUGGAUUUGUAGGCUGGGGCGCAGGUGGUUUUGACAGCACUUAUGUCCUAACCUUGACGCCUACAAAGUCUGGCAAUUCCUGGACCGACAAUAAAUUAAUGAAACAAUGCAUCAUUGCACCCUUUGGAAAAGCCGCCAGCUCGAAACCGUCGCCUACAACUACCUCUGCACCGUCGUCAACCUCAACAGAGGAAUCUACUCAGAAGACACCGUCAGCAGCGCCUUCUGGCACAAAAAACAAUACCAAUUCAAAUGAAUCUGCGCCAGAGAAGGAUUCCGGCGCUGGUUACAUUGCAAUUUCUCACUUUUACGUCUUUUUAGCGAGCAUAGCGGCACUGCAUUUGUACUUGCAUUAA